AUGGAACUGGUUCAUCGAAAAGAUCUGCAGGCAAGCAUCGGACCCUGGCUAAAGCUACUUGAGCUCCUCCGAAAGAACGAAAAAAACUCGAGCCCUGGCGUUGAAGCCGGAACUAAAAGUAUUGUCGAUGCUUUGGCCAAGCGUGGUAACAAGGUAUUUCCCGCAACCUGCCCAUUCGUCGAGAAUGGUUCGAAGAAGGGAAAGCUUGACAUGGACAAGCAGGUCAAAAUCUACGUCCUUGAAUUCGAGAUUGAAGGCCCAGUCCUUAAAAAGGCGCAGGGUAGACCACGAACAGGCAAAGCGGAAAUACAGACCACAGAAAUAAAGACCGUAGCCAAGCGUGGAAAAAAACCAGCUGUAAACCCUGCCCUAGAGCCUGGUGGUGAUGUACAGGAGAUCAAUUACGAGGAGUAA